AUGGUACUCCAGUCGUCAUUAAAAAACUGCUUUCAGCUAUCCUGCAUCCUCAGGACUCCAAAAGCUGCCUUCAGAAGCACAACCAGUGGAGGCCUCAUUAUCCAGUCUAUUUCUAAUGACGUUUACCAAAAUCUAGCUGUGGAAGACUGGAUCCAUGACCACAUGAACUUAGAAAACCAACCUGUACUUUUCCUGUGGAGAAAUGCCCCUGCUGUGGUAAUAGGGAGGCAUCAGAAUCCCUGGCAGGACUUUUCAGGAAUGAACCUCAGGCUAAUGAGGCAAAAAAAUAUAAAGUUAGCCAGGAGAAGAAGUGGAGGAGGGACAGUUUACCAUGACUUAGGUAAUAUCAAUUUGACUUUCUUUACAACCAGAAAAAAAUACGAACGAAUGGAAAACCUGAAGCUAGUGGUGAAGGCACUGAAGGGCUUGCGGCCCCGGUUAGACAUACAUGUCACCGACAGGUACGACAUCUUGCUAGACAGGCAGUACAAAAUCUCAGGGACUGCUGCAAAACUGGGAAGGACAAGUGCUUAUCACCACUGUACCUUACUCUGUAACGCUGAUAGGUUUGUACUGUCUUCUGUGCUCAAGAGUCCUUACACAGGGCUAAAAAGCAAUGCCACUGCUAGUGUGCCUGCCUCAGUGAAAAAUCUCCUUGAAGAGGAUCCUAGUUUAACGUGUGAGAUGCUCCUGGAUGCCAUUGCUGAAGAAUAUGCUACGCAACACCAAAUAGAUCAUCAUAUUACCUUGAUAAACCCAGCUGAUGAGGCUGUGCUUCCUGGAAUUAAUAAUAAAACUGAAGAACUACAAGCCUGGGAAUGGGUAUAUGGGAAGACACCAAAGUUCAGCAUUAGCACUUGUUUUAACAUGGUCUAUAAAGAUUCUGUUCUUGAUGUUAAAGUAGAUAUGGAUGUCAAACAUGGAAGGAUUGAAGUCUGUAACAUUGAUCUGCCAGAGCAGUGGCUGCCACCAGCACUGUGCAGCGAACUGGUGAAGGGCCUUACUGGCAGCAAGUUUUGCCCAAAUGAAACCACUACACUAGCAACAACAUUACUAAGAGUGUGUCCACAAGACGAAGAGUUGCACAACAGGUGGAAUCUGCUGUGUGAGAAUAUGGUGAUGCUAAUGUGACUUGCACUUUGAAAAUGUAAUUUAAACUGCUGCUGCUUUUUUAUCUAAUUUAUUGAAGACAAAAUCAA